AUGUUCUCCGUCAUCAUACCAGACCACCCCUGCCUCACAGACAUCGUCGCCGUCGAAACACAACCAAACGGCCAAACCACAAAAUUCGCCUUCAAUUUCCCUCUCCCGCCCAAACUCACCGAACUCGUCGUCUUCUUCCUCCCCGGCACUGUCCUCCCGCCUGAUACCGCCGCUGCUAUUUACAUUCAAUUCCCUGAUCCGAACAACAAUGCGCCCCAGUUUAAGUUUAUCGGAGCGCUAGCGAAUGAAAGACCCUCUGCGAUUCUUAAAGUCCAGGCGCCGCAAAUCCCAGGAUUGCAGAAUGGCAAUGCGAUGGGCGGCGCAGCGCCAAUGGUGACGUUGGGGAUCUCGCUUGAACCUGUUCAGGCUGUUGCACCGCAGGUUGCUGCGCUGGAGGCGGAGCAAGCUGGUGGUGGUGGCGCGGGGCAGUCGCUGGAGUUGGUACGACAUAACCGCCAGCAGAAGGAAAUUACUACGAAGGUGCUGGCGCAGAGGAUUAUUGGCAAUGCGUUUAAUUUCUUGGCUAGUUUUGCGUCUGAGGAUCCCAGUAAUAGAGGACAGGAAACUGUUCCUUUGAAGACUUUCCGCGAUUGGUGGACGAAGUUUGAGAGGAAGGUUGAGAUGGAUCCGACGUUUUUGGAGAGGGAGGAUCCGUCGGCUUCGGGUUGA